AUGGGCUCAGUAGAUUAUCCCACUCCAACGACAUCUGAAACGGGUGAACGUGCAAGAGUACCGGAAGAUGAAAGGGAGCAUCUCAAAACGUCCACUCCUGUUCGUCUCUUACAGCGGAGUGAAGAGCAAUUCGAUAACUACCUUUGGUGGCGCAUUCUUGCUUUCCGGAUAAUCAAUGCAUUCAUCACAAGUAGAACGGUCUCUGCUCCUGACGAACAUUGGCAAAGCUUAGAGAUUGCACAUAAGAUCGUUUUCGGCUAUGGUUGGACGACUUGGGAAUGGAUCGAUCGAAGGCCAGCAGAUAGUGCUUGGUUCGGUGGAUCGAAAUGGGGAGAUGGUCCGAUUCGUAGUGCUUUGCAUCCUGUGCUCUUUGUCCCGCUCUAUUGGGUUCUAGCUCAGCUGCGUUUGGACUCGACUUGGCUACUGACAAUCGCUCCUAGCUUGCUACAAGCUGUUUUCGCGACAUAUACCGACUGGUUUGCAUUUCGAUUAACGCGAAGGAUACUGAAUGAAAGGAGCGCUUGGGCAACACUGUUGGUGUCAUUCUGUUCAAUGUACACCUUUCACAGUACCACACGUACCCUUUCCAACUCGCUCGAGGCAAGUCUAUCAAUGGCAGCUAUUUUUUAUUGGCCAUUAAGUCUACCGGAAGACUCGGAUACGGAUCUGAUAAGUGAACAACCGCUAAUCGAAGAAUCUCGUUUGAUCAAAUCUGUUACCCUUUUCGCCAUCUCAGCAGCACUUCGACCGAGCAAUGUUUUGCUAUCCUUUCCACUACUACUCUUCCUCAUUCGCGCAAUCGUUCUCAAUAUAAACUCGCCGGCAACAGCAUUGGAAGCGGCAUUCGCACUUUUGAUCGUUUUGAGGACGGUUAUUUAUGUCUUUGUCGUUGCGGUCAUUUCGCUGUUUACCAUUGAUUCGAUCUUCUAUCAACGCCUAACGUUCACGCCUCUAGGAUUCCUCAAGCGAAAUGUUCUGCAAGGUAUUUCGUUAUUCUACGGAGCAUCACCUGUGCAUUUCUACUUGACAAGUGCACUGCCUUUCAUCGGGUUUACUCUGUUGCCUUUUGCACUUCGAGGGCUAUGGUUCGCAUUCGACAAACCGCCUACGUCCACAUUUGACAAGAUCACAAGAAGAUGGGAAGGCGUUCGAGGAGAGAGAGAUCCAAAAGCAAUGAAAACAUUGGCAGAUUCUGUGAUUGUGUUUGUCUUAGCAAUGAGUCUUUUGGGUCAUAAAGAAGUACGAUUUUUGCAACCAAUCGUACCGGUUAUACACAUGAUGCAGGCUUAUGCGCUUGUCAUCACGCUCGUGUUUGAUAGAAUGCGAGAUGUGAUACGAUUCAUUCGUGUUUGGCAUGGAGAGGCUGCUUUGUGGCUGCUGGCUUUGAAUCUCGUACCGAUCUUUUACCUAUCCAUUCAUUCGAUCGGACAAGUUCGUGUGGCUGAGUACGUCGGUCAAUUACAACAAAGUGGGAGUCUGGAUAGCGUUGGAUUUAUAAUGCCUUGUCACAGUACACCUUGGAUGAGUCAUAUUCAUUCGCAAGCAUUGGCAGAGGAUCCAAAGAAGGCAUGGUUUAUAACCUGUGAACCUCCUUUAGACGCAAACGUUGUUGAAAUGAAAACGUAUAAAGAUGAAUCGGAUUACUUUUAUGAUGACCCGAUCAAAUUUUUACGUAAACGAAUCGGAACACAAACAAGACCUUGGCCUUCACAUUUGGUCAUGUUUGAAGCUCUUCUUCAGCCAAAAGAUGGUGGUGGCGUCGCACAGCUAUUAUCGGACCAAGGCUACACACAAAAACGCUCUUUUUGGAACAGCGUCUUCCAUCCCGAUCAUCGAAGGAGAGGUCGAGUGAUCGUGAUGGAAAAAGGUCAAGAAUAA